AUGCAGCCACUCACCCGGCCCCCUUCACGUGACUUGGACUGCCACCGGCGGCCCGGGCGGUCUCUGUCGCGCGAGGAAACAUACCAUUUGGCCGACACGGCGCGACGAAAGUCGUCGGACAGGGUGGUGCGCGAUGAUCUCCGUCUCAAACUCAGCCACGGCCACCUCCUGGAACUGCUACUCCUGGACCUCGCCCGGACAGAGCGCGAGCUUCAGACAUCCCGCACCGACGACAAGUACCUGAUGGCGGAGGAGAGAAAGGGCUCGAAGGAAUCAAGGUUAAGGCCAAAGCGGACGGUGGAAGCAGCAUCCUCGUCCGCAUCGUCGGCCGACGUUGACGAAUAUGGCUUCCCUCUCGAUCUCGACGAGGAAGACGGCGAGGAGAGCGUGGGCGGGUUGGCGCUGAUGAGGACGGAGUCGAGACGACCCAUGAGAUGA